UAGUUGGAACCUACAGAAUCAAGCAGUAAUUCAGAAUUGAUUGUAUCAUUUACAAGACUCUCACCAAUUAAUAUCACUACCAAUCAAGAUUCUGAAGGAUGUUAUAACACAUGCAUUUCUACAACAGUACAGGAUCAAUUAUACUCUACUGAAAAUGCCAUAAAUGCAACUCUUACUAGUCUCAAUCCAUUAUGCCAGAUACAGUUUGGGCAAAGAUGUUCAGGAUGUGUUUUACCAAAGCAAUGCUCAACUCCAAUUUUAUCUGAUUCAUUAAAACAAGUUCCAAUAUCACAUUAUGAGGAAGUAUCUAGAUCUAAAGUUACUCUAGGAAAUUCACCAAAUCUAGCUAAUCACUCAAGAAAUAUUUCUAUGAGUCUGUUAACUAAUACUACUACUUGGUCUCAACACAGUCAAAUGAAUCCCAAGUGUUAUACAUCUGUAAGUUCUCCCAGUGGAUUUAUUUCUACUCCAGUAUCUGGCACAUCAAUACCUCUGAACAGUAGUGGAGAAGAAAUUGAAAAUAUUUCACCAGACUAUCCAAGAGCACCUCAAAAUACACCAGUGAAUUGUGAAGUGACUAGAAUAUCUGCACCUAAUUUACAUAUUAACCAAGUUAUUAGAUUAUUGGAUAAUGAACAAUAUCUUCAAUUCAGUGGUCGAGAAAAUCAUAAUGAAAAAGAAAGGAAGCGAAGAAAUCGUAUUAAAAAUGCCUGUCAAACAUUGCGUAACUUAGUACCAGGUUUGAGUAACAAAACAGAUAAAGCAACUGUUUUUGAAUUUACUGUUGAAUAUCUUAUACAUCUCAAAAAGUAUGUUGGAUCUAAAUAUGACAAGGAUUUCUUGGAAAAAUGCUCACCUUACUAAAAAAAAUGAAUGGAUUAAAAAAAAAGUAUUUUAAGUAAAUUAGAAAAUUUUAAUCUACCAACUAGCAUGUUAAACAUUUCAUUAUUUUAUUCUUAUUGUUCAAGUAUUGAGUAAAAAAACACAUGUAACAACU